GACUCGCGAUCUUCGCCGGUCCCCCGACCUCCGUCUUCCCGCGGCUCGUUUGUUUGCCCCGCGCGCGCCGCCCGCAUCGCCGGCCGCCGGUCGCCCCCGGGCAUCUUCCCAUCGGCCGUCACCUCCUUCUAGCUCGCCUGCGGGACCGAGGGUGGGUGGCCAUGGCGAGCUUCCUAUGGACGCGCGGCCACAGCAAGCAAGGGGACGGCGAGGCUUGAGGGUAGGUGGUCACGGCGAGCUCGCGACGCUGUUGGACCACCUCUCGCGCGGCGGCGGUGGCGGCGUGUGCGGCAUCGGCGCGAGCAUCGGGCCAAAUGCUCCGCGGGCAGGCGGUCGGCUGGCCGGCGCAACGGCCGGGCUCGUGGCCGGGCGGUGGCUGCGGUGCUGGGACUCAUGACGGGGAGCUCGAGCACGGUCGGCAUUACCACAUUCUUUUGGAUGAUCUGUGAAAUUGAUAGCAUAAGGUGGUCUUGUAUCAGGAACAAGAUGGAAGAGAGCAGAAUAGCUCGAAUUUCAGUCACCUGGAGGGGCAAACAGCUUGAUGUGGAUGCAGAUCCAAGCUAUACUGGGAUUGAGUUGAAUCCUCCACCUUCAAAAGCUCUGAAAAGAAUGCACAUGCUUGCAUGUGACCCUCGUAUAAUUGCGAUCAUGAACAAGCAUAAAUGGCGAGUUGGAAUCAUGACCGAAAUGGCGUCAGUUGUUGAGUGGUCAUAUGUUGAGUGGUUGCAAAAUCUUUGAUUCUUAUGAAGAUGAAUUUGUUCUGGAGCCCUGCUGGUCACAGGCUUGGGGGGAGAGUCAAGUUCGCUGGCUAGUGCUCGUGCAAUGUCAGGGGCUGCUGCUUAUCAACGUUUCUUGAAUGCAUCUGCAAAGGAGUAUCAUGUAUCAGGCACUAAACUUGAAUAUAGUCUAGAUGUUGUUCCUCAAGAUUUUGUUCAGGAAACUGUGAAGGUAGAGCUAGAUCCAGAUGAUGCUAUGAAUGUUGAUUUAGCAAUUGUGACAUCAGGGUCUCCAGGGAGCGUUUGUUUUGGAGGUAGGCCCAAUUA